UUACUGUUGACUGUGUUUUGUUUAUAUAUAUUUUUUAAUUUCAAUAUAAUAACAACUAAUAUUCUGGUUUAUAAUAUUCGUACUGGAAAUACAUUCCAUUAAAGUUUAAAUUGCUGAAACUUUAUUAAUAUAUUAAUUUAUGGAGGCUAAAACCGAGCUUCAACGAAAUGCAGUCGCCGAGGCUCGUCGUAAGGAGCUGGAAACAUACCAAAGGGCUUUGGAUAUCCAAUGGCUAAACAGUCGGAUGUCAGAUGGAGGAAUGGGCCGGAGUCUUGCAUUAAUACAGAAGGAAGCUGAAAUGGAAAAGGAAUUCCAAGAGAGAACAGAUCAUGCAGCUAUUGUUGAUGCUCAAGCUAAGAAAGAAAUAGAUCUGGGCAUAGAAGUCGCAAAAGCUAGAAGGGAGGAGGCUUGUGAACUCCUCAGGCGGCACUACCUCCGAGAGAGGGAUCCAAGUCUUCGAGAAUUGAUUAAAAAAUUACAAGCAGGUUAUGUGCGCCGGGAUUUACAGCAACAAAUACUACACAACGAGUACAGGCGGUUGCAGGAAAAGGCUGAAGAGAAUCGGAGUAAUUCAAUUCUUCUUAAUUCUUUAUAUAACGACCAACACGCAAAAGAAAGAGAAGAGAAAUUAAAAAUGGAUAAAGAAAGUCAAUAUUGCGCUGCGAUACAACAGCAACUCGUGAAUAAGGAGCGUCAAAAGCAGUGUGAUUAUGAAGAGACUAUGCUUGAGAAAAGGGUGAACGAAGACGUGAUGCAAGCUAUCGCGGAUGAAGAUCAGAGAGAACUUUGUCACAAACAUGAACAGACGGAUAAGAUGCGGGUUGAAAUGGUCACAUCUCAGAAGGCAAGAGUAGAUUUGAAGGAAAAGCAGAAGGCGAUGAAUGUCGUAGAAGACAGAAAGAUAGAAGAACAAGUACAAUUUGCUACCGAUCGAAGCUUGGCCAGGGAUGCAGAUAGGGAGCAUAAAGUACAUAUAAGGGAUGAAAAUGAAGAGAAGAUGGCAAAUAAGAUGAUGGCUGCUGUGGCUUGUCGUCAAGAACGUGACGAUGUAAUAACUCAGCAUCAGGAUCAAGAGUUUAUGGAGAAAAACAUUCAAGGGGAUAUUGACGAGCGGACUUACCACGAUCGCAUGCAAUCCGAUACUAAAGAAGGUCUUCUGACGCAGAUGCAAGAAAAGAAGGAUAGUGUGAUCGAGGAGAAACUGAGAGAAGCCGAUUUUAGAAAGACUGUCGACUCGAUGCUGGCAGAAGAGGAUGAACUAGAGAGGGAGAAACAACGUAAAAAGAAGGAGAAAAAUAUGCAAUAUUCUGCUGAUCUCCAACAGCAGAUACAUGAUAAUGCGGUGAGGCGUAAGAAGGAUAAAGAGGACGAGGCAGCACGCUGUAGACAUGAAGCUGAAUAUGAUCAAGGGUGGCGCCAAGAGGUAUCUGAAGAGAGGAAGAAGAUAAUGGAAGAUCAUGUCCCUAAGCUUCUGGGAUAUGUUCAACCAGGCGUUAUCACGCAAGUUGAUAUAGCAAACCCACGCCUAGCUGACCUUGGAAAGGACUUGAUGUCUACUAGUAAACGUCCGAAGAGAUUUCCAAAGUGCAAUGCGCAGUGUCGGAUUUUGAGAGAAUAUUGAUAUUUGUUUAAUUGGAAUAUUUUAUUUACCUGUUAAAUUAAUUUGAUUAAAAUUGUUUGUCAUUUUAA